AUGCAAACAGCACCUGCACUGUACUCAAAUGCAAGCGCCCAGUUUAAGAAUGACCCUCAGCAGACCGUCACCCCACUGUCUCGAUUCUCCUCCAAUGUGACUUCUGCAACCCCAGCAAAGAGGAUUACCUUCUUUAAAAGUGGAGACCCACAGUUCAGUGGUGUCAGGAUGGCCAUCCACAAGCGCAGUUUUAAAUGCUUUGAUGCCUUACUGGAUGACCUUUCACAGAAGGUCCCACUGCCAUUUGGAGUUCGCACGAUCACAACCCCCAGAGGCACCCACAGCAUUAAGCAGUUGGAGCAGUUGGAGGAUGGGGGAUGCUACCUCUGCUCAGAUCGCCGCUAUGUGAAGCCUAUCAAUAUAGAGGCUGCAGGGAAACGGCCGGCGGUCUGGCACCACCACAGCCAUACACACAACACCCGACGAAGGCCUUCCCGGCCUGAUGAAGCACCAAAUGGCCACCACUACCACCGGCACCCAAAAAGGAUAAUUUUGGUGAAGAACAAUGACCCAGCGGUGAGGAGGUCAAUAACCUUGAGCAGAAGAACAGCACGUAGUCUUCGUGUUUUCAUGGAUGAGAUCUCAGAGAUCAUGCAGUGUCAUGUCAGGAAGCUGUACACCCUGGAGGGCCGCAAGAUCGACAGCAUUCAGAGCCUUAUGCAGUGCCCCAAUGUACUGGUCUGUGUGGGCAAAGAGCCCUUCAGGCCUCUGCUUAUGGAGAGCUUACGGAAGCACUCAGACGAGAAGCUCCCUGGAGUGGGUUCCAGAUCCCGGUCAAGCAUCUGCAGUGAGGGACAUGACAGCAAAAAGAAUGUCAACUUCGGACUUGAGACAAAGAAAAGCAUCAUCCACCCAAGAUCAGAUUCUAGCAACAGGUCAACUAGGUUUUCUCUCUCUUCAGAAAAGUCCUACCAAAAUGGAUUAUGCAUGACACCAGGGCAAACUGGCUGCCUUAGUACUUGUCCUCACACAAGGGAGAUCAUACGAAAUGAUGACAUUGAGAAAAGAGUUCUGGUGAACAAAGAUGGCAGCCUUUCUGUGGAGAUGAAGGUACGUUUUCGAUUGCUGAAUGAUGAGACUCUUCAAUGGUCAACUGAGAUCAAGAAGUCAGCAGGAUCACUGAUUGACGGUAGUUCUGUUAGAGAAGGUGAUGCACCAUAUCUACAAGGCAAAACUGAAUAUUCAGACCCAGAGUCCACUUCUCCAUAUGAGGCUGAAGAGACCCUUGCAACAAAACUGCACCAAAGGCAACUUGAAGAAUCUCACUGUCAAAAUUGCUGCAACCAUUGCCAAGAGUAUGACAUCUGGAAAAACCCCAUGCACAAGGACCAUGGGGCCUCGAAAUCAUCAAGCUCAAGUGCAUCAUCUCAUAAAGUUGUACAAGAAAAAUCAUCAAUGGACAGUGUGCGCACUAUUUCCAGGUCCAGUGAAGAAUACACUGAACAUAUAGUGGAAAAAGCAUCAUGCUUUCAACAGACUGUCAAGGAGGGGGACACAAAAGUUGAAUAUUGCUCUAUAAGUCGUUGCUGUAGCCGUAGUGAGGUGUGUGCCUCAUCCUUGAAGUCCAAGAUGAAGCAAUCCACUGAGGACAAAUACACACGGCCAAUUUCUGUGAUCAGUAAUUCGUCUAAGGUAUUGGAAUUGCUCAAAGAGGAUCUGGAUGAUUAUGAUGACCUUCCUCCGAGCGUGUCAAGAGCUUCUCUCUGGUCUCAAACCAAGAGAAAAUCUGGUGGAGACAGCGAUGAUGGCAGUAAUAAGUCUGUAAAGACAUGCACAAGUCCAGCACAAGAAUUGAACGAUAUUGAAGGACAAGCGAAAGGUCCGGAUUCCUUAAGUGACAGUGUUACAUCUCACUCUCUCUCUGCAGCAGAUCUUUUGAGGGAGAGGAUUGGGAACACAAGACCAGUAAGUAGAGAAUCAAAAUCAUAUGUCUCUGGCAAAAAUAGCACCACGGAGCAAAACGAUAAGAUGACUUUUAAAAGUGACAAGACCAGCAAUUGCAAAAACAAGAAAAUGCGUGCCUCAUCACAAAACAAAAAUGAGGAUCAGUUUUCAGAAUUAAUUCCACUUGCCUUACCAAAUGCAUCCCCCACAGAAGUUGUCAAAGACUGGCUUAGAAAAAUACCAACUGAUGGUCCCAUGUAUGAAAUGGAUGAUGAAUUUAAAGAGAAUAGUCAUGAUGUAGAGCCUCCAAUAAAUGCUGAAAAUGUGACAGAAACUGUGCAAAAAGACUCAGAGGGAGCAUCUGAGCAGGUUGUCAAUAUUGAAGAGCCACAAGAAGAGGAGAAUGAAGAGUCUGUAGGUGAUGUACCUAAAGAAGACAACAAUAAUGCCUUUGAUGAAACAGAAACACAUACAGAUCAGCCUGAUUCAGACAGCAUGCAUCUUUGUAGAUCCCCAAAAAUAUCCAAAAGGGAAGCUCUAUCAAAGUUUUGUCACUCCUCUGUGCAGGUCAUGAAGGUGCUGCUGAGCCCAAAACUGGAUAGAUGUAAUAGCUUACCAGAGGUGUCUCCUGUAUAUGGCAGAAAACUAAGUACAUCUGCCAAAGGACUGCUAGACUGCCUUUCAAAUCUUCGACUUAUUGACUCUGAUCCCACAAAUCCCAAAGAUGAUAAGUAUAAUGAGAUAAUGAAUAUACUCCAGUCAUUAUGGUUAUGUGAACCUGUAGAAGGUAUGGAGGACAAGGGCCAAAAGAAAGAUCUCCACUCAGCAGAGGAUGAAUUCAAUCCCAGGUCUUCCUCUGGAGUAGACGUAGGCAGUGGCUCAGCAGAUUCUGGUAAAAGUAGUGUAAAUGAUGGGGUAGAAAAAAUGGAAAUAGCACAAAAUAGAAUUGCACCAAUUGCUGAACAGGAACCCCCACUACAAGAGCAAGAAGAAGAUGAAGAUAAUGAAAAUAAGGAUAACCAUUCAGGUGCCUCAUCUAAAAGGGCAGAAAGUUCAGAAUCCUCACAUAUCCCGUCAGAUCCAGCAACUCCAGAUAUUGCAGAGAGAGUUAAGAGCAGUCCUGAAAAUGAGAAAUCUGAUGAUGGGGUCCCAACUUCAGAUGAGAUGACUCAAAGUAGUGAAAAUCCAAAAGGGGAAACAGAGAUUGAUGCCUCUCUCAGCAAGAGCUCAGGGAAUGAUAGCAAUGUUCUCAAUACUCCACCUGCUACAGAAAUGACUGUGCCGGAGGACACAAACUCAGAAACUUCUCCAUCUGUCCAAAGAGCUCCACUGACAAAAAGAGUUUCACAAGAUCCAGAUCCAGUUUGGGUACUGGGUUUGUUGAAGAAACUAGAAAAUCAGUUCAUGACACACUAUGCAAAUGCCAUGGCUGAGUUCAAAGUACGUUGGGACCUUGAGGACAAUGAGAUGCUUGAUACAAUGAUUAGGGAAUUAAAAGAAGAGGUUCGUAAAAGGAUACAGACAAGUAUCAACAGAGAACUCCAGAAAAUCCGAAGUCGAGCUGGUAGACCACCAAAGCCCCCAGUAAAUACUCUUUCCAGGGAAUCAACUGCUCAAACGGAACUACGGCGCAGACGACUCAAGAUCAUGCACAAUCAGUCAAUCAAUCCCUCACUAUCCAGAAGUAAUUACACUGGUUCUGUUACAGAUUUCAGUGAUCAACGGAGUGAUGACGAGUACUGUCCAUGUGAGACUUGCAUGAAAAAGAAAAUGGCAUCCAGGACUGUUCAGCGUGCAGAGGCUUUAUGCUCAGCUCCAGUCUUGAUGGAUUUUGAUCUUCGGAAAAUUCUGCAGAUGAAGAAGGAUCCUCCUUUAAGUGUCCCAGUAGCACCAAAACUAGAAGAAGAAAGGAGCUGCCCUAAUCAGACAAGAAAAGAAGAAAAUGUUGACUUAGACAUGGUCCAUGAAGAAGCACAGGAGGAAAAUGAUGAAAUUAAAAACUGCAGCAGCAUGUUAAUUGAGGAUCACAGAGAUGCAAGCAGGCAGGAUGAUGAGCACUUUGAAAGAAAACAUGACACUGACAAAGGUAUGUUUUCUGAGAAUGGAACCACAGAGACAGAGAAACCAACUGAUAAAGCAACAGCAGAGAAAGAUGGAGACGGAGCUGAAAGAGAAAUAGUAAAGUGUGAAAAUCCAAUGGAGGAGGAAUCAGCAGAGGAAGAGAGAGCAGAAGAUGAGGAGACCAUAGUAGAAAAGACACAAGAUAGGACAGAAGAGGCAUCAGGGGAAAGUGAAGCUGAGGAUGGCAAUUCAGAGGAACGGGAAUCAGUAGAAAAAGAAGCAUUACAAAAUACAACCAAGGGGAAGAAGAGGGGGGGUGAUGAAGAAAUAGGAGAUGAAGAAAAGACAGAAGAAGAGGGAGUGCUAGAAGGAGAAACAGGAGGAGAGGAAGAAGCAACAGAACAAGGUUCCAUCAAUAAUGCGCAUGCAGAGGGAGGAGAAAUGGCUGAAGGGGAAACAGCAAAGGAGAUAGGAGGAGAAGGGGAGAGGACAACAGAAGUGACACAUAAAGAGAAAACAGCAGAUGGUGAAAAUGUAGAAGACAAAGGAGAAACCGAAGAAUAUGAAGAAAAGGAAAUAAAGGAGGACACAGUUGAAGACAGAGAGACAGGUAAAGAGGGAGAAGAGGAAUCUGAUGAAGGCGGAGUUGAAGUGAGUAAAGAAGGCAGGGCAAACAACACUAGUGAUGACAGGCCAGCUGAUGGAGAUGAGAUGGCUGAUACAGUUGAGAAUGAAAACCCUGACAUGGAUGAAACAGCAAAUGAGGCAGAGGAAGAAGAUACACCUAAUAAGAAUUGUGUGGAUCAGAAUCGUGAUACCUCUGCAGAAGGUGAGGAUGAGGAUGAUGACGCUGGUGAUGAUGAAAUGGCCAACACUAAGACAGAGAAUGAAGCGGUCAGGGUGUGCUUGACAGAAACAAGAGAGACAAAUGGGCAAGAGGAAGAUUCCACAUCUUCAGAGGUGCGAGAGGUGGCCAAACUGAGAGAUUAUGAGGAGAAGGACGGUGAAGUGGCAGAAGUGGAAGACUCAGAAACUGAUGAAAGACAAAAAAACGACACUGAUGGAGAGAACAUGGAUGAGGUAGUUAAGCUUGGUGAAGGAGAAGUCCAGGAGACUCCAGAGAAAAAAAGAGCAAAUGAGGAAGAUAAACAUACUUCGAGUGAUGAGGAUGCCGUUGAAGAGUCCAAAACUGAGAAUGAAACACUUGACAAUGUGCUGAACAAACAAAUAACAAGAACAUCCAUUGAAUCCCAACCAGGCUCGUUGGAGUAUUCAAAAGAUCUUACUGUAACAGCAAAGCUGCAAGAGAUACAUAGUUUUAUGGAGAGUAAUGAGAGUCAGGGAGAAAAUGUAAUCUCCACACUCUCCCAUUCCAAGGAGAAAAGAAACGAGUCAAGCAGACAUGGACGUAAAGCUGACAAAGAUUCAACCAGUGAGGUUACAGAAUUGCAGGUUACUUCCAAGGGUAGAAAAAGAUUAUCAGGAAGGGCAAAUAAACAACAGAGGCCCAAUAAGGGUGGCAUUAGAGUGAAUGAUCUUGAGUUUUAG